CCCGCCCGCCGCUCCGCGCCCCAGUCCCGCGCACCCAACGGCCCCCAACCGCCGCGCAGUCCCGAGGGCGCCAUGAGGGGCCCGCGCUGCGCCCCGCUGCUGCUCCUGCUGCUGCUGCCGCCGCUGCUGCUCACGCCCCCCGCGGGGGACGCCGCCGUCAUCACUGGGGCCUGCGACAAGGACCCCCAGUGUGGUGGCGGCAUGUGUUGUGCUGUUAGUAUCUGGGUUAAGAGCAUAAGGAUUUGCACACCUAUGGGCAAAGUUGGAGACAGCUGCCAUCCGCUGACUCGUAAAGUUCCAUUUUUUGGGCGGAGAAUGCAUCACACAUGUCCAUGUAUGCCGGGCUUAGCCUGUUUACGGACUUCAUUUAAUCGGUUUAUUUGUUUAGCCCGAAAGUAAUUACUUUCGAGUAAAAACUUUAAAUGUGAACAGCCACAUGAUGUCUAUAAAGUCUAUCUACUUGUGAUUGUGCCAAACAAGUAAUAUGCCAUAAAGAAAUGCUCUUGCUUCCUCAACUAUCCAAGUAACAUUUCUAUCUUUGAUGUUUAGAUGACUUUUCUUUUUGUUUUUCCCACUGAAAGAGGAUUUCAGUUUUGGAUAGAAAUGUAAAGUGCAGGGCAUUACAGAACCGGUUCUCAUCUCCCUAUUUGUGUUUUGGUUAGGUUUGGCCUUUUUUAAUGCCAAUAACUCACCCAUUUUCACAGAAACAGAAUAAGAAUUUUGUAUUUUUGUUACAGAAACUUCUUUCUCUGAACUCUCCACCCCGGGCCUGUCCACCACACACACCCACACACACACCCACACCCACACCCACACACACACGCACACAAGCACACGCACACACACACACAGACACUCUUUAGGGUCUUUUCUCUCCUCAAAGAAUUUUAAGGUCCCUGCUUUAUCUUUGAUGUUUCCUUUCUGGGCCCUUUAGCAUUUUAAGGAGGGGCACAGGGUUGUUACAUAUGCUUUUGCUUGCUGGCAAAAUCACUGUGAAGAAUGCAGCUUUUUUGCCUGAUACAGCAGAGGGCGUGUGGUUGAACUAGACACUUCUGACUCUCUCCCGGCUGGACUCUCUCCCAGCUGCAGUGAAGGGAGCCUGCCCUCCAGCUUGCCCCGAGCCUGUCCAUGCGACAGAGCCUCAGACCCACUGUGUGACACGUGUGACUCAGGAGGCAUGGGAAGUCAAUUUAGACCGUAUUUCUAGAUUUGGGUUUGAAAAAAACAAAACAAAACACUUCUCCAAUACAAUGUUACAGUUACUUCUUUUUCUUUUUAUGAAUUUUUUUUUUAACCUCAUAGUUAGACAUUUCCAGAAAACGUCACUUGAAGAGGAAGUAUUGAUUUUAAUCUGGCAUAACACUAGUUACCAUUUUAAAAUCGGUAUUAAGAUUUAAACUCUACUUGUAACCAAAAGGUCUAUUGUAAUGGAUUACCUGACAUCCUGCCGUGUGUACCUAUAUCAGUAUUGCUGUGUAAAAAUUCUGUAUCAGAAUAAUGACAGUAUUGUAUAUCAUUUGAUUUAUUUUAAUAUUAUAUCCUUAUUUUUGUCACCGUUGUCAGUUUUUAUUGCAAGCAUAUUGCUAUUAGCUCACAUUCUAAAAUGGGGAGAGACCCCAACCUCGGUAAAAUAGCAGUAACAGGAUUUGCGUGUUUGCUUUACGUACCGGAAAGUUCUGUUUGCAUGAAUUUUAAGGUAGUACAGAAAAUAAACAAUGUGUAAAUCAGUGAGGGUUUUGGAACAAGAAGGAAAACUGUGACAUGCAGAGCUGGUUGUAACCAGGACUGAACUCAUGGGAUGGCACUGUCCUGAGUCAGCAUAGAGUGACCCACCGUUUAUGAAGAGCUGUCAGGCAGGAUGCGAGGCACUAGCCUUAAGGUGGUGCCAGUGUGGCCCAGCCUUGCAAAACCCACCACGUAUUGUGAAUGGAAUCAACGUCGCAAAUAAACAACUUAUGAAACGUGUU